AUGGCAAUGUCACAGGAAAGUGAGGCCAAGGGCACCAGCAUCUGCUUCGAGUUCCUGGAGCUGCUGACAACGUGCAGGACACCGACGGCAUCUGGCAGAGGCUGCUUUGCCCUGGCCAUUCUGCUGGCAACUGUGGACAUCCAGCUUGGUGGAUGUAUGAAAAUCCUCAGCUCAGUUUCCCAGGAAGGAAAGCAACUAAACCUUACAAUGCGGCAUAAGAAAGAAGAGGCUGAGGGGAUUGUAGUGUUUUUGUGUAAGGACACCUCUGAGACCAGCUUGAAGCAACUGAGAGUGAAAAGGCUGUCUGAGACAGACAGUGUCAGUGAAAGUUCAUCUCAGCUGGUGUUCACCAUAAACCAAGCUACACCAUCGGCCAAUGGGACUUAUCAGUGCUGUGCCAGAAGUCAGAAGCCAGAAAUCCACCUUCAGGGCCAAUUCUUCUCCGUUUUAGUUACAGAAACAGGGAACUACACAGUGAUGGGACUGAAACAAACAGGAUACCAGGAGUUCAGCCACAGUAAAGGUACUCUCAGUUCAAGCUUCCUGCAAGAGGUCUGGAUGGUGCUGGUCACCAGUCUGGUGGCCCAUCAAGGUAUGUUCACAUAAAACCCUUAAGCACACCAAGCAAUGAUGUCUAGGUUACUGUCCUGAAGGGAGGAAAGGAAGUCAAGUGGGAGAGGGAGAUGCUCCUUAACUCCUAGCUGUCACAGGAAAACAUCAAUCCAGUGAGGGCAAAAUUGAUCCAAAGGGACUCAAGAUUUCAUACUAACUAGGGAAAGAUGGGUGAAUCAGACUUUCCUUUGUGAAGGAAAGGCCUUUGAAGACAAGUAAAUACAGCUGUCUCAAUGCACUAAAUGAACAAAGGGCAAG